AUGGUCGUCAAUGUUGACACGGCAGCAACACCAUCUUUACAUACACUACCACCACAAGAGGAAGAAGACAGUGUCAGCCAGCCAAUGACUAACACACCUGCACCCGAUGAGUCUAUUAAUGCAUUGACUAUUCCUUAUAUGUUGGAUAUCCAGCAGGAAGACAACCUCUCUAUCGAUGUAAUCAAGCUCUACCAAGACUUGUUACCGAGCAAAGACAGCUACGACAAACGAGUCAAGUUUGUCAAUUUGAUGGAGCGUUUACUGAAUGCUGAGUGGCCCGAUCAUGAUAUCAAAGCCAAUGUUUUUGGAUCAUCAGUCAACGAUCUUGGAACGAGCUCUUCCGACGUGGAUUUGUGUAUCACAACAGUGUGGAAUGGUUUACGAAACGUGCGAGUGCUAGCAAAGUUGUUUCGAAAAUGUGGUAUGCAGCAUGUCGUGUGUGUUCCUCGAGCCAAAGUGCCCAUUGUGCGGUUGUUUGAUCCAGAACUACAACUUUCGUGCGACAUCAAUGUGAACAACACCAUAGCCCUUCAAAACACAAAAAUGAUUAAAAUCUACGUUGCACUAGACUCACGUGUAAGACCACUGAUCAUGACAAUCAAACAUUGGACAAAGCAGCGAUCGUUGAAUGAUGCAGCCAACGGUGGUACCUUAUCCUCGUAUACCUGGACUUGCAUGAUUAUCAACUUUUUACAGCAACGACAACCGCCUAUUCUCCCAGUAUUGCACAAGAUUGAAAGUGAAGGCAAAGACGAAGAUUACUUUUACGACGAUAUAGACAAGUUGAAGGAUUUUGGAUUGGCCAACAAGGAAAGCUUAGGAGGAUUGCUGUUUGCAUUUUUUCGUCGAUUUGCUAUCGAGUUUGAUUAUGACAAUCAGGUCGUUUCAGUGCGACAAGGCCGCUACUUGACAAAAAAGGAAAAGGGGUGGGAUACUGGUAGAAACAAGAUGAGCUUAUGCGUAGAGGAGCCGUUCAAUGUGGGUCGCAAUCUAGGGAAUUCAGCCGAUAUUGCCUCUGUGCACGGAUUGAGAUGUGAAUUUCAACGAUUUUUGGAUUUGCUGAUAGCUGGUGAUGAUUUGGAAUUCAUCUGUAGUUUAUAUCAACCUCUGCUGACUAACAGCACUGAAAUACCCUCCACCUCUUCGACAGCGCCGAGCCAUGAUAGCAGCGUAUUGUCACUCACAUUGCCAGCUGAAAAUCGCACACCCUCCUUUUUUUUGCCGAUACACCCUUACACCCAUUAUGCAACUUCAGUGCCCACCACACACCCCUAUGAUAGACGAAGAAGCAUGGUGGAUGGCAUCUGCUCAUAUCCAUCUUCAAUCUUAUCUGAUCCCUAUUCGAAUGCUCACUUUCCUUCAUAUACUUACCGUGCCCCUCCCAUAUCAAAACCAUCUCAAUUAUCUUCCAAUACGUUUCACCCUCGUUUCAGUUCAUCACAAGCGUUAGAUUCCAUUCUUAAAGUGAGAAAUACAAGACAUGGAAGCCAUCCAUUGCCGCCGGUGCCUUCCACGCUGCUGUCUAUGCUAAACAUCUCGGCGAACCAUGGCACAGAUCAAUCUGUAGACAAGAUCUUUGCUCGUUAUCAGAGAAAACAACAAACACCACCACCUCCACAGCAACAGCACUAUCCACAGCAACAACAGCGUCAUUCGCAUGCUUCAUCUCACCAUGCAAAUAACGAAGGAAAAGGCGCUAAAAAGGCCAAUGGCAACUCGCAUCGACGAAAGAACCAAGGCGGUAACAGCAGCAACACGCAUGCUGGCAAUUUGAAUCAUCAUCAUCACCAUCAUCAUCAUCACAAGGAGGACAAUAAGAAGCCACAACGUAGAUCUAGUGGGAUGGAAUGGCCAACGAUAUCGACCAGUAUAUCAACGCCUGGCACGUCUGCACCUGCUGAUGAUGUACCAAGGCCAUCUUGGUCCAGUGAGCAUCCACAGCGAUCCAGACGAUGGUCCACCACCAAGAAACAGCUGCAACAAGCAGAGACAGCUGCCAGUGCAUCAGAACCCAAGAAGAAAACAUUGGCAGAGAUUGUCAAAGUGCAUACACCUCUUCCACCACCACCUGCAAAACCAAAACCGCAAUCACCUGCUCCAAGCAUGAGUACAUCUAGCAAUAAAAGCAAUGGCAAAAGUAAUAGACGAAGAGGAGGAGGAGGAGGAGGAGGUAACAACACUAAUGGUAAAUCUAAUUCCCAGCAACAACAGCAACAACAAAACAAACAAAAAAAGAAGAAUAUCAAGCCUCGUUCGUAA